GGCUAGGAAAGGCUGCAGCAGUUUGUUUUUACCCAAGCCUGCUAGGAAGGGCAAGAUUCCACUUCUUCCUCUCUCCCCGGCUGAAUUAUUUGACUGCAAAUUCCGUUUACUACUUUGAGCCCAGUUUGCAGAAGUUUGAAGUAAGCUGAGGACAGAGGGAAAGUAGGAGGACCGAGGAACUGGGACAUUUUAUUUUAUUUUUUUACAGAUUUACAGAGCUGAGGUCUCAUUCAAAACUCCAAACCAAAAUCUCCUGUGGUGCUGUGGUGGAUCAUGAGCAUGAGAAUUGGAUUUAACAUAAUCUAUAAGAGGUUCCACUUCUGAGAUGUGACAUCCAUGUGGCUACUAUGCAGAUUCAGAUUGUCAUGGUUUACAUCUCUGGCUCAGCAGUCAAGGUCAGACAUCAUCUUUUGUCAUCAGAAGAAGCAUGCCAGAAAGUCUCUCAGCCAAUGAUUCUCCUGCAGCAAGGUGGACUUCCUCUUCCUCUUCCUCCUGAGAAGCUCCCACCUUUUCCUAUGUCAGUGGCCAGCAGGCCCACAGCCAACUUGCGACUCUCCCCACAGAAACCACUUGGACUAGGCCCAUCCCUGCCACUUACACAAGAUGAGGAACUUGCUCCAGGGGCAGAACAGGACUCGGUCCUGGAGGAACUCUGUAAACCUUUGUGUUGCAGGCUAUGUAACGUCACCUUGAAUUCUGCGCAGCAAGCCCAGGCUCAUUAUCAGGGGAAAAACCACAGUAAGAAACUUCGGAAUUACUAUGCUGCUAACAGCUGCCUUGCUCCUACCAGGAUGAGUGACACCCUUGAGCCAGCAACGCAACCAGUGAUUUCCCUUCAAGUUCAGGGGACUUUCUCAAAACAAGGAGGGCGUGUGAUUUUGGCCACAGAGAAUGACUACUGUAAACUGUGUGAUGCAUCCUUUAGUUCACCAGCUGUGGCCCAGGCUCACUACCAAGGGAAGAAUCAUGCCAAGAGGCUGCGUCUGGCUGAAGCGCAGAACAACUCAUUCUCGGAGCUAUCGGAAACUGUGGGCAAAAGAAGGGUUCGGAAAGAAGGGAAUGAAUACAAGAUGAUGCAGAACAGAAGAAAUGUAUAUGCUGCCCAGAAUAACACAGGCCCAUAUUUCAACCCACGAUCUCGUCAGCGAAUUCCGCGUGACCUCGCCAUGUGCGUCACUCCUAGUGGCCAGUUCUACUGCUCCAUGUGCAAUGCCGGUGCCAGCGAAGAGGCAGAAUUUCGCCAGCACUUGGAGAGCAAACAGCACAAGAGUAAAGUGUCUGAACAGCGAUACAAGAACGAGAUGGAGAACCUUGGCUAUGUACAAUGAGACAUGAUUCCUGCUAGCAGUUCUUGUCAUUCCCCUGCAACCCCAGCCUCCAAUAUCCUGAUAUGGAGCGGCUUCUUUUGCCUGCUGCUUGCUGUGUGCCCUGCUUUUGUGCUCUGUGCCUUAGGAGGCUUGCUUCCCAGGCACUCUCCCAUGUUUUUAACAGCCUGUGAACCUGACAGUGAAUAGGGGAAGUCAGAGGUUUUAUUUUGCUCCCACUUGGCAGGCGUAUGUGCUGAAGGAGGCCAAGUGUUCUUGUUAUAUCUGUUCAUUAGCUAAGGCUCUUCACUGCCUUGUGGGGCUGGGAGUAGGGGAAAUCCUUGCCGUUGCCUCUUCUUUUUCCUACCCUUCUUUAUCUCUGCCCUAUCUUUGCAUGAGUGAGCUUGGUCUGAGAAACCCUAAUAAAGAGCCUGGGGUUUCUUUAGGUUUUUCUCUUUCUUUAGAUUUUUUUUUUUGUUGCCCUGCACAGUGGCACAUGUGCAAUACAGCUGUAGAAAUAUCCAUUUGAUAGGAGAGGAAUGGUCAUGCUGCUUAGGGCUGAUGGGGGUCAUAGUCCAUCAUACCUUGAAGCACUCUGCUUAGGGAAAACUGGUAUACAGGGGAAACCUUGGUCCUUCAGUUUGGACUUAGAAAGCUAUAUUUGCAAUCUACGCAAACCUUUCAGAGGUAUCUUUUCCUCUGAUUUAGUAAAGAUCUGACACCCCUCCCCCUGUCAACUGUCAGUUUAUUUUCCUUUUAUCUGCCCUGCCAUCCUACAAAGUUGAUUUUGAUGAGCAUGGGGAGUAGUUUUGCUUCAUAGUAUGCGGUCUCUGAACUUACUUAUAUGGCUCCUGAAGUCCCCUGAACUGCCAAUUACUAUUUUUCAGCAUUUUUUUGCUCACCAAUAACUCAGAAAGCCCCACCAAUUGUGUAAAAAUAGGUGAAAUUACCGCACCCUACCUUUACUCCAAAACUCUAUUACCCCAAACACUUCUGUCAUUAUUUUAAGAGGAACUGCAAAGGAAAAUGGAGGCAUUUGUUGUGGGGUCCACAGGAAGGUUGUGGGGUGUGUGUGAUUUGUCCUCUGCCCCCCCCCCCCUAUUUGUCCAUCUUCAGUCUAAAGCAAAAGAGAACCCAAAUCAGUAUGCAAAGUUGCACAUGUUCCUGUAGAUUUGAGCCAUCUUCCAUACAGAAUUUGGUGUGUGUAUUUUCAGAUCAUGUAUUCUCAGGAUCCCUGGCCUCUUGUGGCUGGCCUUUUCAGUUUAUAUGCAGGAAAAAAAAAGGUUUUUGUUCUCACAUAUCUCUUUAAUUUGACAUUAAUGGCUGUCCUCAGGGUAUGCUGCAUUUUGGUAGCACUUGGUGUCUUUUCAUUCCAUCCUCCAACUUUAUGCCUUCAUAUAAGCUUUCUCCCCGAAACCCCUUUCAUGUCCUGCCAAACAUUGAGAUGCUCUUGCACCUGAACUGGGUGAGUGGAGAAUUAAAAAAAUAUUUUUGGUGGAUUGGAGCAUAUUACUUUAAUAAAGUCUAGAGGGCCAGGACAAUCUGCCAAAGGGAACUAUUUCAUGAUAUUGCUGGCCCUGGAUAAAUGUUUAAUGUGUGGAGUGCUGAUUUUCUGAUCAACAUACGUGUUUGGAAACAUUUUAUUGGUAGACUUAGAUUUGUUAUUGGCUCAGGCCAGGUGAAUCUGUGCUCACUUGGAAGCAUCUGGCCUUGGCUGGCAGUCUAGUGAUAAUGAUUACUGGACGGCUCCUCCUGUCCUGGGCAUGCUUCCAAGCAUCAUCCUUUUUCUGAAGUCCAACUGUUUAGUGAAAUCGGUAGUCCCUUCUUUACAUGGCUGCCAACUGGGGUCAGAUGCCUGUUCACCCAUCAAAGUGCAGAGAUAUCCAACCCUGUUGUCACGGUUAAGUGAAAGUUAUUUUAGAGAGAGUGGGGGCUCAUGAUGUCAGUCCCGAUAUGUUUAUUUAUUUAUUUAUUUAUUAGAAGUAUUUCUGUAUUGUCUCCCAGCUCCCAAGGGUCCCAAGGCGAUGAACAAAUAUACACCAAUUAAAACAAUAUCAAGAUAAAAACAUUUAAAAAACACCUUAAAUGCUCUUUAAAGACUUCUAAAAGCAGUCUAAAAGCAAUCCUAGAAUCUAGUUUUAAAAGAGUUAAAACCUCAGUUUCAAACUCUGAAUACUAUACGGAAUAGCACUGUUUUGGCUGCCCAUCAGAAGCUUAAAAGAGAUGGGACCAGCCUAACUUCUUUGGGUAGCGAGUUCCACAGUCGAGGUGUUGCUAAUGAAAAAAACAUGUUAAGUGUACCCACAAAGCUAACUUCUUGAGAUGUUAGGACAUGCAACAGGGCUUCCUCUGAAGAUCUCAAAUUUCUGCCAGGCUCAUAUGGGAGGCAACAGUCUUUCAGAUAUCCUUGCCCCAAGUUGUUUAAUGUUUUAUAGGUCAACCCUAGCACCUUUAAUUUCCUUAGGCGUUUGAGAUAAACCAAAUGAUCAGUCAUUUUUUGGGCUGCCACUCAUCACUUCUGCAUUGGGACAAUGGUAUAUCAACUCAGUCUUCAUUCCCUAUAUUCUUUGUCACACUUCCUUUAUCAUUUCUCUUUCUCUCUUUAAAAACAUCAAGAAUCUUAAACUGGGUCUAGGUACAACACAAAAAGAAAUAUUAGGCUGGGAUUGUAGAUUUUAUCACUUCAGAAUGGGGGCGGCUUAAAAAAAAUUUUUUUUAAUGGUUCAUCCCUCUUGAAAAUAAGCAAAUGAGGCCAAUAGAGAUAUAAAUUUACUGAAAAUGGAAGCCAUGGGGGAGGAUUUGUUUUUUUUCUUUUUGGGGAAAAAAUCACAAAUUAUUAGAAAAAUUGAAAAAUGCAAGCUGAAAGUGACUUUGUUUCUUUGGGAUCACAAAAUGCAUUAUAUCAGACUUGGAUGGGCAGAAAAUUAUUAUGUCUGAUAUACUGAAAGUAUAGUUUACCUAGAAGAAAAGUAUACCCCAGACUUACUUUUUAAACAUUGUAUUUUUUUGUUAUAAUUUGAGCUACAAUAACCAGACUGUGAGAAGAACCAGAACCAUAAGGAACAUUUUGGAAUUUACAAGAAGAACAGCCAUCCUCUCCUGCAAAUAAAAUCAGAAAAAACUAUCAACAUUAGUUAAACAGAGAAAAUUAUUUUCUUUUAGUUAAUUCUCUGUAGUUUGAAGCAAAAACCGUAUACAGUACGUCUAUAAAAAGACCCGAGAAAAGUAAAUCAUGACCAGGAAUUGUAAUAGUCUCAUACUGUGCAGUCUUACAUGGAAGUCUUCCUCUUACAUAGUAUUUAGAAUUGAUUUGUAAAUAUUAGUAGAUAUUUGAACACCUUGCCUUAAACAUUUUAUUCAUCAUUCUAAAAAAAUAAUAAUUUCAUAACCUUUUUCUGAAAAACAAACGAACAUGGAAUUCCUCUUUGAAUUUUCUAAUCUAUCCCCUGCCCCAGGUCUUCUAUUAUUGGAAAGAACAUUUUGAAUAUAAGUUGCCCAUUGCCCUGCAGAAUUAAAGUGAUAAGAUCCCCUCAUUCUAGCCAUCUCAUUUUUAUAAUGCAUAAAAAGGCUAUUGUGGUACAGCUUUACCCUACGUUCUCUUUUACUCCUGUGUAACUCUGUUUUCUCUAGUGCAGGGAUAAGAAAUGCUUGGUCCUCCAGAUGUUUUGGAUUUCAGUUUGCUGAAGCUCCAGCCAGCAUGGCCAAUGGUAAGGAACUGUAGGAAUUUUAUUCUAAAGCAUCUAGAGCACCAAAAGUUCUUUAUUCUACUUUGUGGGAUGGAAAAGAGCAGUUGAGUUCCCCUUCUUGCAGUGGUCAGUUUUAUGUAUGUGGAUUUUAUCUAUUUCUGUUAUUCCAGUUCUGAAAAGUCAAAGCUACUGAAAUGCCAUUAAUACACAUGGGAAAAUGAAAGAGAGAGCAGGAGGGAGGAUGCAGUAUAGCCAGCUACUUCUGAAAACACAACUGUUUUCAGUGAGUUUUAAAGGCAUUCCUAUACUAAUUUGGGCAUGGCUUUGUUCUUAUGCAUGUUAAUUUCAAUGGUGUUGAUGGGCCCUGCUCUCAAAUACUUAAAUAAUGGAUGCUUUUGAGUGUUUCUGACUGGCUGGAAUUUGAAAACUCCUAAUUCUGUUAGUGCUUUAUCAAUGCUUCUGUUGGGUUUGGGCCCAUUUCAUUUCAGCUGGGUUGAAAACCCAAGAGACCCAGGUGGGGGGCAUAGUCACAGCUUGUUCUUUGCCCCAAUUUGUUUUCAGGUACAUAAUUUUUCAAGAGUCCUAAGUGAUACCUUAUAAAUCAGAUGUGACCAAAGUGCAUCCCGAGGCCCCUACGGCCAUUUUUGUGGCCCCCAUUAACAUUUCUAACAUGUUGGGAGGCCUCCUGCCCCCCUCCAGGGGUCAAAAACAAUGUUUGCAAAAUUUUUCAAAAAAUCUCUUUCACCCCAAAUUACUUCAAAAUGUUCACUGUGGGCUUAGGGCACACUCACACCACAUUUCGUGGAGCCCAUGGGUCAAUUCAAGCCCAGGAGAGACCUCUUUGGAAACCCAAAACAUGGCAGAAAUGCCCUCAUAUCCUCUAGGUGCGAUCAUUACAUCUUCUUCAUCAUCAUUAUUGGUGGGGGGGCACAAGUACUGCCCUCCAAGUCUCCUAGGGAGUUAAUGUGUUCUCCCAGCCUUUUACUGUUGGCCACAUCUGUUAUAAAUGAAUCAAGGAUACUUGGUGGGAAGCAGGAUAUGUUUUUCUCCAUUACAGUAGAUUCUACAUGAGCGGAGAGAGGCCAGACCUGAAGGUAUGGAAGAUCUAAAUACUAAAACCCUAAAAUUGAGGUUUCCCUGUUACAUGGCAGAGUGGAUGAGCAAGACUCUAGUUGAUUUGGAGGGAUUAUAAUAGUGACUGGAGGGCAGGGCAGGGCAGGGAUGGUAGAAUAAAUAACAUAUUUCAUCAGAUUGUCACAUUGGCCAGUAGGUAGUUUAACUGAUUAGUUAUGGGGUUUUUUGCUGCUAUUAAUUUAUGCAUAUUUGUAUUUAUUUUGAUCUUGGUGACCACUGAUGGACUUAUAUAUUUAAGGCAUUAUAUUAUAUGUUCCUUUUUGGCAUUUGCUUUAUUAAUCUCACCAUCCAUGCCAUUCCUCUUUUAUUUGAGAUCUUAUUAGAUAUUUAUUAUGUUUCAGAAAACUUUAUCCCCUUCCAUGUAUUAGUCUCUUGUUCUUUAUAUACAAAAUUAGCAUUUUCCAUAAUAGAACUUUGAGGAUUAUGAGUGUUUGGAAAGGAAUACCACUGUCAAGCAAACAUUUCCAGGUUACAUCAAUGAAUCAUUCAAAGUGCCAUUGGGGGGUUGCUCAUGAUACCAUAAUGCGAGAGUCUUGUUAUGAAGUCACAAUUUUCUGGUGAUGGUUUAUACAUCUCCAUUCUUAAUAGCACCUGACCAUAUGUUAGCCAUUUUUCAGGGAAUAUAUAAUGUAAAUCUCCACUUGUGGAAUUAUGCAUUGAAUGUGUCAUGCAUCCCUUGUGUUAAAUGGCAUCAUGGCACAACUAAACAUGCAUUUGCUUCCAUCUGCAAAGCAAAUGCACACCUGUGUAUACAGUAAUAUGCAUCCAUAUUCAAGGAUGUGGACAUCUGUGUACCAUGCACAUCCAUGCUCAGUGGCACCUCCACUAAACCGAAUGCUGGCAUUCCGCUUCAGACAGAAGCAGCCAACCACUUCUGUAGGUGAACUUAUACAUGCAUAAGAUAAUAAUUAAUAUCUCCUUACUUCCACAAGUAUUUUUGAAGGUUUAUUUCAUGUUGCCUUUGGUUUAUCUGCAGAACUGAAAUGGCAUGUAUUAAUAUAGAGGUGGAUAUUCAGUUUUGUGCUAAGGGAGAUGCUGACAUAAGAGUGGCUUCCUGGUAACUGAUUGGCUUCCUGGUAAAUUGGAAACCAGUCUCAUCUGAGCAUUUUCUCAACAUCUACAUCAAGCCAGCAGGUUAGGCUAACUAGUGUGCUCCUAAAGCCAAGAUCUGGAUCUUACUUUGAAUUGUGACUCUGCUUUCUGGCUAUACAAACACCCUUGGUUAACAUGAAUAGCAUUUAGGUAUUUAACAUCAGUAACAGCAAAAUUGCUUAACUACUGUUAAGGGAGAUGAGAAAUUUCCUUCAAGGAGGGAAUGGAGUGUGAGAUAUAAAGGUAUGAUCCUAAGGCUUGAAACUGAUCGGUUAAGUGCAGUUAAUGGGGCCAAUGGUAUGUACAUCACUCCACAGAUGCAUACUGGAUUAUUCUUAGGAAAUGUCUGCGUAAUUAGCCACAUAAUUCAGGGAUGCCCAUUCAGACAUAUACAUGAAUAUUUUGGAGACAUGAAGAAGAAAUUUGUGUGUUUUGUGCAUUAUUGGAACUAGCCCUAAACUGAAAAUGUAAGAUGGUAUUCAUGCUGAUAAUCUGCACCAUUAAUGUGUUGAGCCUCCUCUGUAAGAGAGGAACAUCUGAAUUAUGACAGUGCUUCUCAAGAUGUAUGAUGUGCGGGGUUAUUUCCAACUACUCAGAUUUAUAAGCUUGACAUUCUGCUGCAAAUUCCUUUGGGAGUUUAUGUUAAAUAAAUGGUUUCAGGGUUAGUUUUUCUUCAGUCUGAAAAUUGCAGUUCCAGUCUUCAUUUUCAGGAAUAUCCUCUGCAGCUUGAGGAUAACAAAGUCAUUUUCUCCCACUUAGAAGAUCAGUAUGGAGUGUCUGUAAAAAUUUGCCUGGCAUUAUAAUAAAAUGUGUACUGUGUGGGUUGUACUGAACAUGAAAUGCCAUGUUGUGGUAAAACUUGACAACUGUUACAUGGGGAAGUCUGAAUUUCACCCCUCUGCUCUAUUUUGUUCCUUGUCAGAAGAAAUUGUACUUUCUUUCCCUGUUAAGGAGUUUGUUCACACAUGCAUGUACAUUGUUGGUUCACUACUGCAUAUGUGAACUGCUUCAUAAAAAAAGUAUUGUGUUGAGACUUGACAUCGGAUGAUAUGAAAGGUCUGGAGAUUAAUUUACUCAUGUCCAUUAAUGCUUAAAGCCACUGUUAACAAAUGAUGAACAUGAUAUGUGAUUUGUCCCGAGGUUCACGAGUGUAUUCUGAUGGCAAAAGCCUCUCCUGAGAGAAAUGUGGAUUUCAAAUCUGGUAUGUUAAACUUUGGUUGUUCUAAUAUUUAAAAAGGCACAGUCCUUUGAAACCAGACUGUAAAAGCAGUGAUAUCUUAUUAAAGUCUACUUGCUCCCGCCUCUCUAGCUUAAUCAAAACCUGAUCCUAAAUGUAUGGGAUGGUGCAUAUGUAAAACUAAAGACAUUACUAUUUUCUGCCUCAUAUGUUGGCUUGUCAGUUCUUUCAGACUUGGGGUAUAUGGAUUUUACCACAUAUUUGAAUUUGUUCUGCAAUAUUAGCUGUAUCAUACACAGGAUGUCUACUGUUGGAAAUUUACUCAGUGAUAACUUGUUACAACAUGUGUGUAACCACAUAGUAAACCAUAUUGAUUUAUUAAAGUCUCCAACCCUACUGAUCUCAUCAAGCCCCUCUGCUACUAAUUGGGAGUGGGCCAUGCCAAUUUUGAUGAUUAAAGAUGGUUGGUUAGGUUUAGUAUUCAUUUAUUUUCUUUUUAGUACAGUAUUGCAAUACAUGUACAUUUGUGUGUAGCAUUGCUGUCACUGGAUUGUUAAUUUCCCCCUUUUCUCUGUGCUUGGUGUGUAGUACCACCUACCUUCUUAAUUGACUGCUUCAUGACAAGACUUAGCAAAGUUAUUUGGAACUCAUAGCUAGUAGCUUGCUGGGGGAUUCUAGGAGUUUUGGUCCCAAACUGAGCUUUUCCAAAUUAAUUUGUACAUCUAAUGGAAUAAAUCCUAACCCCCUAAAUAAAUAAAUUCCACAACAAUGUUAGUCUUUUAAGGUUCCAGAAACUCAAUGGUGACUCUGCUUCAAAAGACUAUUGAAAGUAACCACUUGGGAUUUGUCACUUCACACUGCACAGUUAUAUCAUUAUGAUUCCAGUUUAACUGCCAUGGCAACAUCUUAUGCAAUCCUGGGU